CAGCAUUUUGAGAGAUCAUUGUAAUGUCAGUGAAAUGUCAAAAUAAGUUGAAAAUAAUGAAUAGGAAUAUUUUCAGAUAUUAAUAAACGACCUUUAAUUUUAUCUAUAGUCUACAGCUGAUCUACGAAAUCUAGUUACAAAAUUAAUGAUGAGAACGUUCCUUACAAGUAUUAAAAAAUUAUAGUUUAGGUAGGUAAAUAGGUUAACCAAUAAUACAGACAAAUGAUUAUAAGCAAAAUAAUUAUGGCAAGGCACGUUUUAAACAUGUUUUAAACUACCUAAUCUGUAUAAUCGUUUUGCGCAAUCAUAAGUAUUAGAAGUGCUAUUCCUAAUAUAAUCACAUGAUAAUGUUAUUCGGCAGUACACUUUGACUGGACUUGUUUUCUUUUGUGUGCUGAUAACUUGUUAACUAUGACCUUUGUAGAGAUAAAUGACCCCUGUGAAGAGGACGGUAUAUAUAAAGUGGUAAUUUAGUUUAAGUCAUUUAUUGCUUUACUGUUUACUGCAAAUCAUCUGACAUUGUGUUAGUGCUCAUAACCUAAACUCAUUUAAUUUUUCCUGUUUGUAAGCCAAUACACCAUAGUUGUUCCUUUGUGUGUUAUUAGUGUUACUUUAGUUUUUUGUGUAUUAAUUUUGUGAAUUUUUCCUUCGAUCUGGCAGCACAGAGAGGAAUGCUGAGAACUACAAAAGACUGUCUGGGACUUAGAAUUCGUAUCAAUUCUCUUCACCAAACCUGGAAGUGGUUGCAUCAAACUAUUGCCGUUCACGACUAUCUUACUGCCUUAACUUCAGCAUCUAAAAACGUUUGCACAAGCAAUUUUCUAACAAAUUAAGGUAGUUUUUAAAGGCACAGCAUCUACAAAAUUAAUAUUGCUCAAAAACUACACGUAGAAAUAAAAAAUGGCAUUGAUUCAAAGAUCUUACACGAGGGUGUCUACUUUAAUCACCCGUAUUAAUAAAAACUCUUACUCUACUGCGUCAUCCAGGAAUGAGAACAUUAAAAAAUCUGUGUUUAUAUCUCAGUCAAAAGACAUUUACACAAAUCUUGCUUUAGAAGAUUGGUUAUAUAAAAAUUUUGACUUUAAAAAUCACCAUGUGCUAAUGUUGUGGCAGAAUGACCCUUGUGUAGUAAUUGGAAGACACCAAAACCCUUGGUUAGAGGCAAAUGUUACUCAAUUACCAUUAAUUGGUGAACAAGGAGUACAACUAGCUAGACGAAACAGUGGAGGAGGUACUGUAUAUCAUGACAAUGGAAAUUUGAAUCUUACAUUCUUCACACCCAGGGAACAAUAUAAUAGAAAGUACAAUUUGGAAAUAAUUUCCAGAAGUUUAUUUAGGGAAUAUGAUAUGAAAGUGGAUAUUACUCCAAGAGAAGAUCUUGUCAUCAGAAAUAAUAAACAGAUUUCGGGAACAGCCGCAAAGUUGGGAAGAACUGCUGCUUAUCAUCACUGUACACUUCUUGUGAACGUCAACAAAAUGGAUCUUAGCCUUGCCCUUCAAAAACUAGAGGCUGAUAUAAAAACUACUGCCACGAAGUCUGUUAAGUCAAAAGUUAUGAAUUUACGUGAAGAGAAUCCUAAUGUUGAAAUCAGCAAUUUAAUAAAAGCAGUAGGUUGGGAAUACAUGAGAACACAUGCCUUAAAACUUAUAGAUGGGGGCAUGGAACUAGCCAACAAACAAAAUGGCUUUCAAAUGCUUAAUCCUACAAAUGAUUGGUUCCCAGGUUUGAAUGAAAUCAGAAACGAACUCACUAGUUGGGACUGGCAUUACGGCAAGACUCCCAAAUUCGAUAUUACAAAAUCAUUCAAAAUUCCUGAGUACCUACAGGAAAAUUAUGGUAUAAAUGAAGAUUUGAAAGUCACACUGGUAGUUGAACAUGGAAAAAUAUCUGAUAUUUCUCUUUAUGUACCUCCAGGUCUCUCCGCCAAUGGUUUUUCAGGAAAUGCCAAUGUUAUUACAAGUCUCAUAGGGCACACGUUUUCCGACGAUGCUCUAAAUAGCUUAGAAUCCAUGAUAGGUGGAUUAGUAAGUGAAAAAGAUAGAUUCGUUUCCGAAUGUUUGAAGCAAGUGAUGACCUCGUUUUGAUUAAGAUCUGACAGGACCAGUUGAAAAUCUAAAUAAGUCAAAUUUUAUCUUAAAACGCAGUUAAACCAAAUAGAAUUGAAUUAAAAUGUUUGAUACACUUAUAGAUUACAAAUUAAUAUGUUACAGGUAAAUAUUUGUCAGAUUUAAUAACGUAAAUUUAGACCAGUGGUCGCCAACUUUUUCAAUGUGUUUGAGCUACUUUAUGAGAAUUUGCGAAAUUAGCGAAAGCUUUCUAUGAUUUUCACGUCUUUUUAUUUUGAAAAUAUGAGCUAUCAGAAUUGCCUUUGCGAGGAGCGACCACUGAUUUUAGUCCAAUGAACUGAAACUAUUAAAAUUUGAAAUAAACAUUUUUAUUUUUAUAGAUUUUCAAUUUAUUCUGUCUAUGGCUAAAAAAAUUAAUGACUUCAAAACGAAUUAUACUUUUUGCUCAUAAUUAAGUAAUUUUUGUCUCAAAAAAAUCGCCAAAUCUCCUAAUUUUUAAUUAAUACUGCCAAUAUUAAUGCUUUAAGCUAAUUAGAGUUAGAAUUAUUAUAUAGGUAAACACUUUUUCACUAUCAUAGUAUUGAUAAAGUCGAAAGACUUUAUAAAUCAAAUAAAAAUCAUCAAAACGCCCCUCUUCAUUUAUUCAAAAUAUCUUAAGAACCGUCUCUAUAAUCGUCGACUUUCUUUAUCAUUAAAUUGAUUAUUCAACUGAGCAACUUUUUUCCUAUAGUCCUUAUGAUUUAGAAGAUGUGAAAAAGUGUCAACCCUGUAUAUACGAUGUAUCAUGUAGGUUUUAAAAAUCUCAAAGUUUAUCUUCGGUCCAAAGUUCAUAAAAUAUUUCUGUUUUUAUUUCGGAUGUGAUAAGCAAGA